AUGGCGCCCCAUCCUCACGAUCCAAGGCUUCCCAUCUGGCAUAGGGGAAACGCUUCUCAAAGUCCUGGCUCCGCUGCUCCUGUUGCUAGCGACGAGCGUGACUACUGCGCGCAACAAACAUCGCCUGGUUCCAUGCCAGGAGAGAACGGUUCUUCGGGUCAAUCAACUUCUCGUCGCCCUCAGCCUUCGCCUCAGCUUGGUCGGGGUGCUCCUAACGCUGGCUUCGUGAACUACCAGCAGCACGACAUCAGUCAGUCCCUGGCAGUCUCACAACAUACCGCUCAGCGUGAUGAUGUUGCUACGGGGGCCACCAGUACUCGCAUUACCAGGUCGCGCAGUGCCAAACAGAAGACUGGGCCACCCCCAUUCCAAGGCGAUGGUGGAAUGCCUCUCAGUAGGGACGAUGACUCUGACUUGUCUUACCAAAUGCCGCCCAGUACUGUCACAUCCCGGAAGGGCCAGAAGGCGACCAGAAAGCGUAAGGCAGACACCGCCAAGUCGGCAUUAGAAUCUGUCAAGGCGCCCAGGACCGCCAAUGGCCGGUCCGCUGGAAAACAGUCGCUCAGACAGACAACGAUCACGAGCAUGUUCAACAACACUCAGAGCGAUGCUUCCGGCAGCAAGCCACCGAAGCGUGAACCUUCCGAGCUUGAUUCUCCCCACAGCAAUCCUCCCAAGGACAAGGCUUCGACGGACAAGACUCCCGACUACAGUUCCCCUGGCUCUCCAGAUGGAGGCGGUGGCGGCGACUCUUCUGAGCCUGCCGCUGAUAUGGAGCCGCGGUCCAACGACAAGCCCCUGCGCAGCCUACGGGAGAUCAUGGGAAGAUUGAUUGAUGAUGCUUCGCAAAUUGGCCUGAGCCUCUACACGGAUAGUGGGCGCCAGUACUACAUUCGUGUCGGAACAUUGUGCUCAGGAACCGAUGCACCUAUCCACGUGAUGAACCUUUUCGAGAUGCUCAAGAACUUGUACGGGGAUCAAGUCUUCACAACCAUCAACAGCUUUGCCUGUGAGAUUGAACCCUACAAGCAGGGCUUUUUGAUGCGUAACAGCAAGCCGGCGCUGUUGUUCAAAGAUGCCAAAGACUUUGCUGAGGAUUAUGCAGAGACAGCGGACCUGAUCACAGGGGCGAAAGCUAAAAUCCCGCCUGUCGAUCUCUUCAUCGCAGGCACCUCUUGCGUUGAUUUCUCAUCCCUCAAUUCCACAAAGAUCAAGGAUUACGCUGGACUGUCACACGCAUUGGAGGAGUGGGCGACCUUGAAGGAAAAGCAUGGUGACAAUCUCUCUCGUCAACAUGUCUCGAAUGAUUCUUGGCAGGACGCGAUCAAAGCAAUGAGCGAGAAAACGGAGAGGAAGAACACCUCGACCAAGACCUUUGCCGCUGCGAUGAACUACGCGUUCUGGCGCCAACCCAUGAUGCUGAUUUUCGAGAACGUCGACAGCGCUCCCUGGCAAAAGCUUAUCGACUGCGGCUUUCUCCAACUGAUGGGCUAUGCAGCUACAGUGCACAGGCUUGACACCAAAAACUACCACAUGCCGCAGACACGAGUUCGAAAGUACAUGAUCGCUUUCAGCCACAAGGCCUUUACCUUGAAGGGUGCUCAGAUGCUAUGCAAGCUCUUCAGCCAAGAUACUUUGCCCUCUCUGAAGCAUACUCAUUCCAACUCGGUGACCGACUUCAUACUGCCGCCAAAUAGCCUUGAAUUGCACAGAGCUCGGAAUGAGAUGGAGCUCGCCGCGCAGGGAGUGCGUGAAAUGGAGUCGAACUGGAGCUUCUCCAAGUCAAGACACACGGCUUUCCGAAGGAACCACAAGAUUCCAGACCGUCGUGAUUGGAUUCGCUGGCUGGAAAAUGCCAUGUCAAAUGCCCCGGCCAAUAUGUGGAAGGCGUGGGAAAACCGGCAGCCUUGCCGCGUCAGCGACUUGCUGGAGUGCAUCUUCACCCUCGGGCUAUUCGGACAAGGAAAGGCCCAUGGUUUCUACGACCUCAGGUUCAAGGCGCAAAUUAUUGACUGCAGCCAAAACGUCGACAGGAUCACCCCCAACAUCGUGUUCGGUCGGACUGGUUGUCUUACCCCCAAUGCCAUUCCUGUGCUCACCCUGGAGGCACGCCCGAUUACUGGCACUGAAUCAUUGAGGUUGCAGGGACUUCCCGUGGAGAACUUCGACAUGAGCGUUGAGACACAAGCUCAACUGCAAGAUCUUGCUGGCAAUGCCAUGACGACCACAGUUGUCGGCGCUGUAAUCCUUGCGGCACUCUCAGCAGUAGCCCGUAUAGACCAGGCUCACGGGUUCAACUGGCUCGAGAACAUGUUCGAGAAGGGCGACUUCAAACCGAGGGCCAAGAUCCAGAAUUCUUUCCACGGUGGCGGGGCGAAGAUUACCCAUGACCCGCAAGAGCUCAUCUACAUUAAAUUGUUCGCGUACAUGGUCACUCAAGGCGGUGUCCGAGACAUUCUCGCCCUGCAACAACGAGCUCGGCGGCGAUGCGUUUGCCAGCACGGCCUCCCAUACAGCAGCAUCGAGCUUCACAUAUGUGCAGUGUGCGGUAGCAGCUUCUGCAAGAGCUGCAAAGGCAAUCCAGAGCAUGCGCUCAUGAAGUCCCCAGAGUCGCUGGAGGAUCUGAGGUCCUUACCAUACGCUCAGGCUGAAUACGAAUUCCGGAAAUUCUUCCCUCCAGUCCUGUGGAUGCGUUCUGAGACUAAAGCCCUUGUGCAAAAGCUGGAUCGCGCCCUAAUGGCAUCGACUUACAGCGACUUCCAGCGGGGUGAGUUAGCGAAGGCCAUCAUCGAAGGACUCUGCAACAGCACAUACCAGCUUCAAUUCGUCGAGAUAACCGAUGCUGUUCGACUGGAAUACACUGCAGACUCGACUUUCAUUCUCAGAGUGGUCGUCGAGAAAGCAGAGAUCAUUUGGUACCUCCACCUUGACCAAUUUUCUCGUGCAGGGAAGAAUCUCACUGGUGUUCUCACCACUGGCCAGCCAAUCGCCCGGGCAGUUCUAGGGCCAGAAGAGCGGGAUCAGUUUCCUGGCGCGCGAUUGUGGGAGGUCUGGAUCUCGCACACAGUAUCAUUCCCCAUGCAGCUCCGAGUACAAGACAAGCACGGUCUUUGUCUCGAGAAGAUUGGCGACCUUGGAAGCAUGCCUGAUCUAUCCCAGCGUUCAAUCAAGUCGCUACAAGGUACCUUUUGGACAUUUCAUCCUGAGUGCGGUUUCCCAGAGAACGCGCUGUGGGUAAACAACAACCCUGAUCAGAAGCUCUUCUUGUUCAAGGACAUUGAUGCGAUUGGUCCAGCUGAGGAGGACGUAUUUGUGAUCUCACCCAUCAGUCGGGAAAUGGGACGCACGCCCGAACCAGAAACCCGUCCAGUGCUGCUACGGAUACGUCGAGCCGACCAGAUCCAUCAAAAGUUCAAGAGGGUUCUCGUGGAAGACGAACCCUUCCUUGUCAAGGAAGGAGAUGAAUUUUCGAUCCAAGGCUUCAUUGAUGGCUGGUGGGAGAAAUUGGAGACACACGGCAUCCACGUCGAAGCUUUUCCCAAUAUGGAAUUCGAGGGUGUGAGAGCCCUGGCAAAGGGGGCUCCAACAAGCAUUCGACGACCUGGUGAUCUGAGCCAGGAGGCCGACUACUUUUUGUGCGACAAGUACCAAAGCCUGAUGACGACGUCCUUGCCAUUACUCGGAAACGAGGAAGAGACUAUCAAGAUGCAAGAGACGCUCAAGACUCUCGAUCUGACCCACCAGCUGGACCUUGCAGAGCUCACCAGAUUGAUCGGCCCCCUCUACUCCGCUGUUGAAAUGGGACUUGUAGGCACCGGCCACAGAGUUUCCGUGAUUCAAUCAAACAUAGCGUUUUCGUCGGACUGUGCGCGAUGCGCACCCAGGAUCCCGGAGGUGUUCUACGUCAAGGCAGCGACAGGCUCACGGGCCAGCGGGCCAGUAGUCGCUCGCCACAGGCCCGCGGACCAGCAAAACUACGAAGGGAAUCUGCAGGCAAAGCCGGCCCUCCUGCGAAUCGACCACAACGUCACGGCAGCAUUCGAUGGCUGGCGAAUGAAGAAAGACGGAGUUCCUUAUGUUGACGUCCGUAUCGUUGCCCACGGACACGCGCUUCUUCAACAAGCUCGCGCCUACCUGCCACAGCAUCCGGCGCAAUACGAUGAUAGCACGGUCACUAUGGGGUCCUUUGCCAUGGAAUCCGGGGUGAUUGAAAAUCCUCGAGUCGUCCUUCAGCCAGCCAGAAUAUCGGCCCCUGAGCCAGUUGCAGAGGAAGACGCAAGGCAUCCCUCAGGCUUCCAGGAUGGGUUGACACUGUUCAAGGAGCAAUCAGACUCGCUACAGUGGAUGCUUCACCGAGAGUCUCUCGAAGAUUUAGAACCAUUCGUUGAGACCGAGGUAGCCGAGGUCUACCACGAGAAGCUGCAUCUGCGUGUCCAUGCUGAUGCCGGCAGACCUGUGUACCGCCGCGGUAGAGUCGUGGCGGACCAGGUGGGCUUUGGCAAAACCGCUGUGUGUCUCGGGCUCAUUGAUGUUCAACGUGACACGGACCGAGGGCAGUUUUUGGACAUGCGAGAAAACAACAAGCCUCUUGAUGGCCUGGUUCACCUCCACGCAACUUUGGUAAUCGUCCCGAACCAGCUGACUCAACAAUGGGUCAACGAGGCAAAGCGAUUCCUGAACCCAAAGCAGUACAACGUUGUCAUGAUACCAACCUUCGCCGCGUUCCAGAAGCAUAAGGUUGCUGAUUUGAAGAAGGCAGACAUUAUCAUCUGUAGCAACAAGGUCUUCCAGGACAACAAGUACCACGCAGAGAUGUCCAGGUACUGCAGCACCCACGGUCUCGACAAGAUCCGGACAAUGCAGAAAGUCUACCGCGCUUGGUACAAGCAAUUCCAUAAAACUUUCGCGCAAGUUCGAAAGGAAGUUAUGGAGAUUGUCGAGCAAGACGACAAGACUCUGGCACGGCAGCAAUGGGCCUCUCUUCGACGCAAACUGGAUCAGAUCAGAAAAGACGAGCGAAAACUUGAUGGUAAAGAAGAAUUGAGUUUCGCUCCCCCCGAGCUCCAUCCGAAGAAGUCUGGCGGGAAGGCAGACAACGACUACCAUCCCCUGCGGCUUUUUGAGAUGUGCAGCUUUGCACGCAUCAUCUGGGACGAGUUCCCAUAUGAGAAUAUUCCAGUCACCGAGUUUGUGGCCAACUGUGCGACAAUGUCGAAGUGGAUGCUUUCCGGCACCCCUCCAAUGGACACACUGGAAGAUAUUUGCAAAGUUUCUUACCUUUUCAAUGUUCAUGUGGCAAGGCCGUUGCAGUUGAUCAAGGGAAGACAGCCUCCAGUGUGCGAGAACGAGCCGCUGGCACCCCACUCCGAUCUCGAAUCAACCAGUCUGUUUCAGAGCCGUCACUCUCCGAGGGUGUUGGUGGAACGGCACGAGCAGUCCCUGGCCUUUGUGCGUCUAUUCAUGCGCAAGAACGGCCGCGAAAUGAAAGUCUCCAAGAUCGAAAAGCCGAUUGUGCUGACCAUGUCGACGAUUUCUUUCAUGUCCCACGCCGAGCUUGAGCUUGAGCUUCGCAGCCGCCAGUACAAUGCAAACAACGUCGGCGCCGAAUCCCGUCGGCGUUUGAUGAGCCGCGUUGCCUGGAAGGGGAAGGGCAACGGCCAUGACCGCUCUAUAGAGGCACUCGUUAUCUGUGCUUCUGCUUCCCCAGACGAUGUCCUCAAGCAGUCUGGCCUGACCGGAUGUUCCGACAAGGACGCUGCAAAGGCCUUGCUCAGAAUCACGGAGGAAGAAAUUUGUGGCAUGGAGGACCGCGGCCGCGAGUUACUGGCGAAGGCGUUCUUUCUUGGCUUCCGGCUUGCUUUUAUCACCAUCUCGAACACGAAAGCGGAGGUCGAUGGGCAGGAAGACCGACAGCUGAACUACUACCAGACGCUGACUGACAUAGUUCAGUCAGUGCUGCGGGUAGAUAUCAGCCUGUACCAGAGCUGGGAUGCUUUCGAGUCUGCCAUGCGCAUGUUAAUCUGGGACGAAGAUGUGCGAGAGGCACUAAGCAAGUUCCGAAGUCUCCCCCAGGAUGGUCUUCCUGAAGUUCUGCAAUCAGUCUUCGAUGCCAUGUUGUUCUGCAAACCGCCCGUGGAGCAGCCCAAGUGGCCCGAAGAAGAUAUUCUCAAGAGGGAGAAGGUGCGCACGAACUUCGAGGCCAAGAAGAAGUUCCUUAAGAUCUUCCGAGACUGGCUUACCAAGACUCCACUUCACUCGAGACGAUGGUUUCUAUUUGACAAAGUCCCGGAUCUCGAUGCAGCGGAAGAGGAGCUUUUGAGGCUGGAGUGUUCGGAGAAGGUGCCUUGGGAGAGCCACUACCAUGCCUCCGCGAAAGGCCGUUCACAUAUGGUUGUCCCCAUUUCAGAACUGCGUGAACCAUCAGCCCACCUCAGUCCUGAUGACUUUGACCUCCAGCAUUUGAAGGCCCUCGACAAAUCUCGUCGGGACAGGCUUGGCGAGAUGAGCAACUUGAGCCCCGAGCAGAUUGCCGCCAUCACGAAGGAGCUCCACGACUACAAGGAUACCAAGGUCUUCUUGGAGGAAGAAUGCAAUCGGCGUGGCCUUGUUGCGAAGAGCACCGACAAGAAGGAAACUCUGAUUGCGCGUGUGGCUGCAGACGAGGCGGGGAUUGCAACCGACAAAGAUUAUGUCUCGCCUGAAUCAUGCGGUGUGAGCCUGACAGAUUUCCCUCAGGAAGGCAAGAAGAGGAUCCGGGGCGGCAACAUGGAAGUCGUUUUUGAUGACUUUAUGAAAACUGUCGAUGACCAGACAAGUGUCCACGAGCGCAGCAUUAUCGCUCAUGCGAGGCGGAACCUGCAACAAGCCGUUUCCGACACUCUUCAUGGCCUUCAGGUGUGCCCCGACCCCCAGUGCAGCAAGAAGCCCGCCGCACACUACGUUUCGCUUCUUUGUGGUCACGUAUUCUGUGAUAAGCCAGACGACGGUCGGCUUUGCGGCGUUCGUCUCUGCCAGCGCCGCGUGAAGGACGUAUGCAUUCCGCUGUCAAAGAUCACGAAGAAGGAGCGUGUCAUCGCUGCGAGUGGCCUCUCCGGGGCCAUCACUCAGGAUCCUGACCCAUACUUAGACUCAGCUACGACCUACCAGAAGUCCACCGAGGGGCCAAAGGCUCGCGCUGUUAUCAAUCUCAUCGAGCGCAUUAAACCCUCCGAAUCAGUCGUGGUAUUUGUUCAGAAUGCGGCGAUGGAAAAGGACAUCUACAAAGAACUGGUUGCAGCAGAUAUCGAGCAUGUGACAUCUCUGAUGCUCUCGCGCAACGAGGCCGGCAACCUCGAAAAGUUCAAGAGAGGCGAAUUCAAGGUGCUUGUGCAGACAAUUAACUCGGAGCAAGCGGCAGGGAGCAACCUGCACAACGCCAACCACAUCAUCUUCGUGUCUCCCCUCGUCAGCCGGAAACAGAGCGACUGGGAUAACCACAUGGAGCAGGCGCUGGGUCGUUGCGUGCGGUACCGCCAGAGCAAGACGGUGUACGUCUACCACAUGCUUAUGGACGAAACUGUGGAGGUCGACACGCUGGAGUGGCGAAAGAAAAAGGAGAUCAUCACGACGGACGGCCAAGCCGUAGCGCGCUUCAACGAGUGUGAGCCCAAGGACUUCCUCGCGCGAUAUGAGGAAGACGAGACGGCCACCACGCUGCAGCUGGCUCCGGGCGAGAGCCGCGCAUUCUCAAUCCUCCCGCGUGACGACGUCCAGAGCCUCAUGGGCGACGACUACCUCAGCCUCGCAUCCAUCAAGGCCCUCAAGACGAUCGACGAGUCCAUGCUCAAGAAGACUGAAAAGCAGGCCGAGGAGGAUGUCGAUGGAGGGGCCGAGUACCUGCUGGAGCCUGAGGUUGAUUACGACGAGGAGUCUCUGGGCGAUACUGAUGAGGACGUGGACGCCGCUUGA